CUCACCAAUAAAAUAAUAGUAUGAGUCUGAGUUAUAUAAGAGAGAAAGAGAAGUGAGUUGGGCUUCUAGAUGGAGACAAAAACAAGUUUGGUAGUUACAUGAAAAGGAAUAAUACUCCUAGGUGUAUUAUUUCCUCUUUUAAUGAGAUCCAGGAUUGGAGUCUUGGUGAAUCAAUAGGAAAGGUUUCUAAAAGCGGAGAGGAGGUUACUCCUCAGGAUAAGAACGCCCUUGGUAUUAUCUACAUGAUUAUUGGAGGUAUUAGCUUCUCUCUUGCAGCUAUUGCUUGCAAGUUGGCUUAUAAGAGGAAUGACUAUUUGACUGGAUUUGAUUACGUACUAUGUAGAUCCAUAAUUUUCUCAAUCUGAGCUAUAUUUCAAGUAAUAUUGAUGAAGGUAAACAUCCUUAAUGUCAAGAAAGGAUACAGGUUGCUACUUUUUGUGAGAUGUAUUAUGGGCGGGAUAGGUGUAUCAAGUUUGUUCAUUGCUAUGAAGUAUGUACCUCUAAGCUUAUCUAUGCUCAUUGUUAACAUGAAUCCAUUAUUCGUUGGGAUAUUUGCUUUCUUCAUCCUUAAGGAGAAGUUUACAAAGUUGAAUGCGAUCGGAACUUGUGGAGCGUUAAUAGGAGUUUAUUUACUUACAAUGCAUAAAAGUGGAGGCAGCGGAAGCAACCAGUAUUUUUUUAUGGGCAUCUUCCUCGUAUCUAUUUCUUGUUGUUGAGAAACUGGUAUAAAUAUCCUACUAAGAAUUCUGAAUAAAGAGCUUCAUUAUACGAUGAGUCCAUUCUGGUUCAGCAUGACAACAAUAUUUAUCUCAGGCUCUCUGUUAUGCUUUUACCCAACUGUGUUUAACUUUGAGCACUACACAUAUUCUGAAAUUUCUUUGUUCCUUUUAUCUGGAGCCUUUAACUAUGGAGGACAGGUGUUCAAUUCAAUUGCUUUUAAACAUGCAGAUGCAUCUCUGUUGUCACCUUUGCAAUACUUCAACGUCCUCUAUUUAUUCCUCAGCGAUAUUGUCAUCUUUAAUUCAACAUUUACAGCUCUGGACAUCCUUGGAGGGUCGAUCGUCUUAGUCAGUUUGUUAUCACCCAUAUUCCAGGCUAUUUGCCACAAAAAUUCCAUCCAAUAAUAUUUUCAGGAUCCGUCAAGAGACGUCUUAGGAUGUUUGAAUAUCUUUUCA